CCAGUGCGUGAUGACGUCAGACGCUGUCUCCCUUUUCCCUUCUUGGAUCGGACUGGACGAGCCUGCACUUGUUACCACGAACAUCGAUCAUCACCAGCCAAACUCCCAAUUCGAGUCAUGGGAAACUGCCAGCCCACCAUCGUGCCCUACGAGGACUUUGACGCCUCGGCUGACGUCAAGGUCAUCCGAAAAGCCUGCAAGGGACUCGGCACCGACGAGCAGGCCAUCAUCGACAUCCUGGCCAACCGCAGCUCGGACCAGCGGCAGCAAAUCAAGCAGGCCUACUUCGACAAGUACGACGACGAGCUGGCGGACAAGCUCAAGAGCGAGUUGUCAGGGAACUUUGAGAAGGCGAUCCUGGCCAUGCUGGACCUGCCCAUCAUCUACGCCGUCAAGGAGCUGAGGAGGGCCAUGAAGGGGGCGGGCACCGACGAGGACGUGCUGGUGGAGCUCCUGUGCAGCGCCACCAAUUCCGACAUUGCCAUGUUCAGGGAGUGCUACUCUCAAGUGCACGAACGCGACCUGGACGCUGACAUCGAGGGCGACACGAGCGGCGACGUGAGGAACCUUCUCAUGGCUCUCCUGCAGGGUAUCCGGGACGAGAGCUACGAGGUGGAUGAGGAGCUGGCGGAGCAAGACGCCGCCGCUCUCUUUGAGGCGGGUGAGGGUUGCUUCGGGACUGACGAGUCCACCUUCACUUCCAUCCUGGCCUCCAGGAACUACCUGCAGCUGCAGGCCACCUUCAAGAUGUACGAGCAGCUGUCCGGCACGGAAAUCCUGGAUGCCAUCGAGAACGAGACUUCGGGAACGCUGAAGAGAUGCUACGUGGCUCUGGUGAGAGUCGCCAAGAACCCGCAGCUCUACUUUGCCAGACGUUUGCAUGACGCCAUGAAGGGGGCGGGGACUGACGAGGACACGCUCAUACGCAUCAUCGUGUGCCGCUCAGAGUACGAUCUGGAGACCAUCAAGGAAAUGUACCUGGAGAAGUACGACGUGUCCCUGAAGGAUGCGCUGAGGGACGAGUGCAGCGGUGACUUCAAGCGUCUCCUCCUGGCCAUCUGCCACUGAGUUCAAGCGGCGGAACGGCAAACAGAUGUCGUUUUGUGAACACACGGUGGUGAACUUUGCAUUCAAAAAUGCAACUGUGAAGUCAAAAUGGAAAAUGGAGACCAGUCCCCUAAGUGCUUCUGACCGUUGGUGAAGAUUUAUUCAAAGCUAACAAAAAAAUAACGACUUGACAGACAUAACUACACCUCAUCUUAUAUUGUAUUUUUGUUAAUACUACAUGACUAACAGAUAGUGUUAAAUGAAUAAAUUUCAUGACUGUAUAGGAAGAGUACAGACCAUUCGAAUGAUGUGAUAUGAUGCGUUCAUGUACCAGUUGUGUAAAACGUUCAGAGAUGACAACAUAAGUGGUUGAUUUCGGCUUAGUCCAAUUAUUUCACUUUGUUUGCCUUGAUGUUGCCAAGAAAGUGUAGCGGAAAAUAAAAGUUACCUCGAAUGGA